AUGAACAAUGUGUUUGAUCGAGGCUUGCGGAGUUCGUGCUACUCCUGUUUCCAGUCCAGGCACAGGCCUUUGGAGAGCCAGCAGUCACGAAGUGGCAUCCAUGCCACUGCCACUGCAUAUCUUCUACAAUGCAAGCACUCGCCCUUGAGACAGUGUCAGCGGCGCGUUGUACGCUGGCGCGCUCGACCAUGUCGACACCGCGCUGCACUGACAGAGGUGGUGCUGCGGUACCUCGUUCGGCUGCAAUCGGUGGCCUGGGCGAAAGCUGCUGCGACCGGGUGCAGCAUGCUCAACUCUCAGGCAGCCUCGACAGCAAUCGAGGGCAUCAUUCUGGUGCAGCCGGCUUACCAAAACUGCAAUGCUUGCAAACGUGGAGUUCCGUGCACCUUGAAGUCGCCAGCCGCGACGGCUCGGCCGCCCUUGAACUGCGCUCCCCUGACGGACGAUGGUCAGGUGGAAAUUGCAUUGAUGGCCACGGAGCACCCUGCCAUCACAGAUACUUGUGAGCUGUGCGGGAGACCGCUCCGGGUGAAGCCUGGGCGCGCAUUGAAGAGCCUGAGGACAUGCUGA